UCUCCGCACCGUGCCCGUCAGGAGCCCACGGCGUCAGAUCCAGCAACACCGACAAUGACGCGUGUGGAAGAUGGUCGAAAAAUGAACUCUGUGCUGUAAAAACAGACAUCUGGUGGUGGCUGAGGGGGGGUCGAGCAGUGGAUCAUUUUGCCUCAACGACUGAGCCUUUCCUCUCUGGUUCGGUGUAAAGAAAGGAUUUCGCAAGCUUUGUUGUUUUGCAUGCAGCCGACAGGGCGCAUGAAGUCUGGGGUAUAUUUUUCCACCCCGUUCAGUUUCUGCCCUCUCAAUGCGCUGCAGCUUUUUAUCUGAAGGAGGUGUGGUGACUGACUGAGGAGUGCCACUCUGAAGCAAUAUCCAUGUUUCCCUGCAGGAUGUUUUGAGCGCCAAGAGGGUUUGUGAGCGGCUGGUGUCGUCUGGGGGGGUGUUGGUGUUGGUGUUGGUUGGUGGGGGAGUUUCUUCACUGCGCAGACGAGCGGCGGACAGUCUGCGCUACCGCUCCUCGUCUAGUCUGAUCCGACAACAACAAGCACACAACAGAGCAUUCAGGAGGGGGAAAGGGAAGCUCAGUGGAGUGGGAAAUCUGGAAAUAUACGGCGUGAAAAUGACGAUGUCCGUCCCGGAGAGGAAAUCAGGAUCGGAGGGGAAGGAAGAGGAGAGCGAGGAUGAGAGUGAGAUCUUGGAGGAGAGCCCGUGUGGUCGCUGGCAGAAGCGUAAAGAGCAGGUGAGCCAAGGAAAUGUCCCAGGUGUGGAAAGUGCCUCUCUGGCCAUGGACACAGAGGAGGGAGUGGAGGUGGUGUGGAACGAGGUGCUCUUUUCUGACAAGAAGGUCUUCAAAGCACAGGAGGAGAAGAUCAAGGAGAUGUUUGAGAACCUGAUGCAGGUCGAACACCCCAACAUUGUCAAGUUCCACAAGUACUGGCUGGACAUGAAGGAGAGUCAGGCGCGGGUUAUAUUCAUCACAGAAUACAUGUCGUCGGGCAGCCUCAAGCAAUUUCUUAAGAAAACUAAGAAAAACCACAAGACCAUGAAUGUGAAGGCCUGGAAGAGAUGGUGCACCCAGAUUCUCUCUGCCCUCAGUUAUCUGCACUCUUGUGACCCACCAAUAAUCCAUGGCAACCUGACGUGCGACACCAUCUUCAUUCAGCACAACGGCCUCAUCAAGAUUGGCUCAGUGUGGCAUCGGCUAUUUGUCAAUGUGUUUCCAGACGCCAGUGUCCAUGGGAAAGGGAGGCAAAAUCGCGAUGAGCAGAGGAAUCUUCACUUUUUUGCUCCAGAAUAUGGUGCUGGCGAAGAUGAUCAUGCCAUAGACAUUUUCUCCUUUGGCAUCUGUGCUCUAGAGAUGGCAGUACUGGAGAUCCAGGCCAAUGGAGAUACUGCUGUGUCCAAGGAAGCCAUCGUCAAUGCAGGUCAAUCUCUGGAAGACCCUCUCAUGAGAGAGUUCACCCAGUCCUGUUUGCGCCACGAUGCCAAGCUCCGUCCUACGGCUCAUGACCUUCUGUUCCACCGAGUCUUGUUUGAGGUCCACUCCCUCAAACUGCUCGCCGCCCACUGCCUCAUCAACAACCAGUACUUGCUUCCAGAAAACUGUGUGGAGGAGAAAACCAAGUCUUUCGACCCCAACGCCGUCAUGGCAGAGAUUAAACAUGAAGACAGACAGGGAGUUCAGCUCAAAUAUUCCCAUGUCUCCCCUUUGGAACUUGACAAGUUUCUGGAGGAUGUCAAGAAUGGAAUUUACCCCUUAAUGAAUUUCGCCUCGUCUCGGCCUCACCCUGUCCCCCGAGCCCUCUCCUUGUCUCAGGAGCAGGUUGAGACGGUCAAGACGCCGACUCCCGAACCCCAGGAGACAGAAACCAGGAAGGUUGUUCAGAUGCACUGUAAUCUGGAGUCAAAUGAUGAAGGGACCAAAACUCAUGUGAGUCACAUAGUAUUACAGCUCUCUUUGUUUCUGAAGAUGGAUGACAAACUUCAUAGGCAGCUUAGCUGUGACAUCCUUCCAACUGACACCUCCAAAGACCUUGCCAGUGAACUUGUUCACUACGCCUUCAUAAAUGAGGAGGACAGUGAGAAGGUAGCAGGGUUCCUGGAGGACGCCAUCAGCCGACACCGGGUCAGAGCGCUCGCUUCAGGAAGCACACAGUGAGGAUGGGUCACGACAGUGGCUGGCCCAGACAGAGGGGCCCCGGGUGUUGACCACAUGGAUCAAGAAAGGAAGAGGGCAGCAGGCAGGAUCACACAGCCUGGAACUGAGAGAGCAAUGGGAGCUGACCCAGCUGGGGAUAAAACAAGGACAAAUACAGAAGAAAGCUGGGCCUUGUCAGUAAAUCACCCUGGAGAGAAGCAGGAAACGCCAGCGCUGAGAACGGAACCGAAGGCACCUCUGAUUGGAGGGCCAGAGGCAUCACGGCUGUGUUCAGCAAUCCCACAAAGCAGUGGAAGAUUGACAAACUCCCUGCCUAAAAGGGCUAUCAUGCCUUAAGAUAUCUUGACAGCUUAGGUUUUUCCAUAAUGCCACUAUUCAGAAUGGCUAUGUUUUACUUACAAAUGCAGCAGCUAUGUUUUCAGAAGGACGAUUUAUUGCUCAAAAAGCCUCGUUUUCACUCCAGUGUCCACUUUGAUUGGUGAUUAUUCACUUUGAAUUGUAAAAAAAAAUAUUUACUAAAACUCUCUCCCUUGCAAGCCAGAACGUUCAGUUUAUUACCGUUUUAGGAAUUUAAUAUUCCGUCCAACAUGCACUGUUAAUACUCAUUCAGUUGACUUAUUUAUUUCUGUUUAACUGUGAACAAUAGAAGCUUUGCACAAGCCUGUUUUUUUUUCUCCUUUUUUUUGGCUUUACUUUUUAUGACCUGCAAAGUUUAACACACCUCACUGCACUCUUGGGUUAAAGGCUACUUCUCCCCAGAGUUCAUCACGCCAUGCCUAAAUGUAGUGACGAGCAAUGAGAUGAUGCCUCCCUUUUAGCCUGUAGUCCUCUUAAGGGUUUUCCCUGUAAAGUGUUCUAAAAGCCAAAUACUUGGAAAGUGCCUGAUAUGGCAAUGUACAAAAUCUGACAAAAUUUCCUAAGGAAACGGCAUCGUACCCAAUUUAGCAAUUUGGACUUAUUUAGGCUGAUUUUUACAGUUUUAAAACCAGAUUAAAUCAUUCGGACCAGUUUCCCAUCUCUUGUCGUGAGUCCACAGAGUCAGCAUAUGUGAAUGUGAAGAUGAAUUUAACAGUAAUGGCAGCUCCAUUAAGAGCUGCAGCCACUUUAUAUUGGACAUAUGGUUCAGGCGGUAAUGCUCUUUGCUGCAGUCAAUAUUAGUUUGAAAAGAGACGCAGCUUGUGUACAAAAAUUGGAAUACAUAACUGGAAGUAUGUGAAGUAAAAUCAUAGUCUUAUAUAAAUGGGAGGAAGGGUGUUAGUGACUUAAGACUUGUUAAUAAAAAUUGCCAUAAUGUUGAUGGAUAUUAUUGCUUAGCUUAUUUUUUGCGGUACUUCCCAAACCAUGUGACGAGAACACUUUUUUUUGUAAAUGUGUAGUGUUGUAAAGGAAAAAUCUGCCCAAAAAUAUUGAAGAAUGUAUGGUUUUAGUAGUCAAAAAUAGUGCUAACCUAUGGAGGUUUCCAUGAGCUGCAGGCGAUUAAAGAAAUCUCUGAUAGAAGAGCGGAAUACUUUGCUUUUAACACAUUCAUUUCCCAGUAUCACAUCCACUCUGGGUUUUAUUUCAGACAAUAUCAGUGUGAACUUUGGAGCUGAUUGCAGCCCACACAAACACAAAAAUAGAAGACAUGCCUUCAGCUCUGCCAGGUUUUCUUGCCCAUUCUUGGCACACUAAAAGGCUGCCAUUUGGGUGGAUUUUUCCUUAACAAAACUGGACAGCAAAAAAAACAAAACAAUAGUGAAUUGUCUGAUCGGUCUUCAGCAGUAUACUCUUGUUUGUCAGACUAACUUAGCUCUGCUUCAUUUGUUUCCCGGGGUCUGUAAGGUCGCGGUUUCGUAACAGUUACACUGCUGUACAGUCAUUGCUUACAGUACUUACUUACUCUACUCUGUGUCAAGCCUUCUUAUCAGUGUCUCUGAAGACAAGGAGCCCAGACAUUCACCUACCAGAGGCUGUGGUGUACGUGUUUGUUUGUGGUUAUUAAAAAGGGUUUACUUUCUUUGACAGAAUUUCAUUGCAAAGCAGUGCCAUUAUUGCUCAUUUGAUCGAAUAAGCUGCAUGUCUUAAUAGCCUGCACCCAUUCAAGACUUUGCAUUUUGCCUUUGUCAGUCACAGUUCAGUUCCAGAGGGGACCUGACCAAGAAAAUGAAUGUUUUAGACUGUGCAAACAUCGAAAACACAACAUCCAUAUCAGUCUUACUUUAUGUCAAAUUACUUUUCUUCCCGUGAAUCUGUUGAAUGAAACUUGCCUUUGGAUGUGUUCUACUUAAAACCUUUGUUAAAUAUUGUAGCUAAUGCAAUUAAAUACAUGACAAUAAACAAUAUGUGACA